AUGAGUUCUAAUGUCCUAACAUAUCCGAUACCUGAUCUGCUAUCGAACCUCACAACUCUCUCGGUUCUUGAUUUUAGUAGAAAUGAUUUAAAUGGUUAUAUCCCUUACCUUCCUCAACUUGAAGAACUUUCUGUUGCUAGCAAUCCUGCUAUUACCAUAGAUCUUGUUUCAAUGUUUGCAGUACCGUGGUCAAAGUUGACAUUACUCGACAUAUGCUUCACACGGGUAGGUGGAACAAUUCCUCCUUCCUUAAGUAACUCAACUUCAUUGACCUCUUUCCGAGCUGAUGGAUGCUCGAUACAAGGGUCGAUACCUUCUUCUAUCACAACACUUAAAAAAUUAAGUGUGCUGAUGCUCAAUGAAAACUAUAUCACUGGCCAACUUCCUGUAUCUAUGUCCAGUUUAAUAACCCUUCAAUACUUAUCGCUGUUUCAAAACAAUUUAGAAGGUAACAUUCCCAUUUCGAUUUGUCAAAUCUCCUCCCUAGAGUACCUAAAUUUAGAAUGGAAUGAUCUAACAGGACGUCUCCCGUUGUGCAUACUUCAGCUUCCUAAGCUUUCAUUUCUUUAUAUUCAGAGGAAUAGACUGAAUGGCUCUAUUCCAUCAAAGAUAGGAGAAGCUCCUGGUAUCAGGUCCAUAUCAUUAUCCAGAAACAAAAUUCACGGUUCCAUACCUGAAUCAUUUUGCCAUGCAUCUAACGUCCUCCAGGUUCUUGAUCUGUCAAAUAACAGCUUGUCAGGAACCAUUCAACGUAAUUUGGGGAACUGCAGGUCUCUCAUUUACCUUAAUCUUGGACAAAACAAGCUCACUGGAAGUGUUCCAGAAGAACUUGAACACAUUACAAGCCUUCGUUACCUUGACCUGAACGGGAAUCAGUUCGAAGAAUCUUUUCCAGCAGUGAUCGAAAACUUCCAAGAUUUGGAGAUUCUGAACUUGGCAGGCAAUGGAUUCGAAGUACGGAUACCAAAGUUCAUUGGUGAUAUACGCAGCCUCCGUAUCCUCGUGCUUGAAUCAAAAUCUUUCAAUGAAUCUAUCCACGAAGGGCUAAUGAAGUUGGAAAAUCUACAAUAUAUUGGUUUGUCCAGGAAUAAUCUGUCCGAUCCCAUUCCUGAGAAUCUCGACGGCUUGAAAAUGAUGGCGAAAAGGCAAAAUGAGGCAACCAGCUUAGGAUAUGUUUACUCACUCAAGUUCACUGGUGCUCAGCUAGAAAUAGUCACCAAAGGACAAACACAUUGGCUUGAAUCAGUGUAUUCCUACAACAAUGGAUUCGACCUCUCGAGCAAUUUUGUUACAGGUAAAAUCCCUGAAAAGAUUAGCCUUUUGAGUGGAAUACCAUUUCUGAAUCUCUCACAUAACAAUCUUUCUGGAACGAUCCCAAAGACUAUCGGUGAAAUGAUUUCACUCGAGUCGUUGGAUCUCAGUUACAACCAUUUCACAGGUGAAAUUCCAAUGACAUUGACAUUGUUAGAUUUUCUCCAACAUCUCAACAUGUCUUAUAACAAUUUGAGUGGAAAAAUUCCAAGAAAUCCAUAUUUUGACACUUUGUAUCAAGAUGGAACAACAUAUAUUGGGAACAAAUACUUAUGUGGUGCUCCUGAUGCGAUGGAUUGCAGCAACCAUACACCUUCUAUUAUCAAAAAAAUAGAAGAAAAAUAUGAUCAAGAAAAUUUCCAGUUUGUUUUAGUUAUAUUCUUUGGCUACGUAACAGGAAUUUCUGGAUUGUUUUUGCUCUUAUAUUUGAUAAAGUACAAUUGGAGGAGCAUGGACUGGAGGGCGAUAGACAGAAUCGUGUUAAAAAUAGUGAAACGUAUACCAUGA